GAAAAGUGCAAAGGAAUGUGUGCACGUGAGGACAUUCACUGCGCAGGGAAGGGAAAGAUAACUGCUGAGGGAGGUCAUGAACCUGCCAAGUGUGCUCCUCCGAAAAGCAGAAAGCGCAGGAGGCCAACACUGAAGACGGUCCAAGAGCAGAGUGCUGAAUGGAGGAACCCUGGAGCCCUGAGGAACAGAUUCAAUGCUUCACGGGAAGUAGCCCCAGUGAGCCUCCCGAACUGCCGGCUCAUUAAAGGGAUCGAAACUGGUUCAGAAGACAUCGAUAUCCUUCCCAAUGGACUGGCUUUCAUCAGCUCUGGCUUGAAAUACCCAGGAUUAAAGAGCUUUGCUCCAGAUAAGCCAGGUGAAAUAUUUUUAAUGGAUUUGAAUGAAGACAGUCCCAGAGCAGUGGAACUGAGAAUCAGCCGAGGGUUUGAUCUGGCAUCGUUUAACCCUCAUGGAAUCAGCACCUAUAUAGACAGAGACAACACCGUGUACCUCUUCGUUGUGAACCAUCCCCACCAGAAGAGCACAGUAGAAUUGUUUAAAUUUGUAGAAGAUGACAAUUCUCUUGUACACCUGAAAACCAUUCGACAUGACCUUCUGACAAGUGUGAAUGAUAUAGUAGCCAUGGGACCAGACAGCUUCUAUGCUACCAAUGACCACUACUUCUCUGACUUCCUCUUGAUGUUCUUAGAAAUGUUCUUGGGUUUAACCUGGUCAAAUGUUGUUUACUACAGUCCAAAAGAAGUUAAAGAAGUAGCAUCUGGGUUUUAUUCAGCCAAUGGAAUUAACAUUUCACCUGAUAGAAAGUACAUCUAUAUUGCAGAUAUACUGGAUCACAGUGUAUAUGUCAUGGAAAAGCAUGCUAACUGGAGUUUAACCCAUGUGAAGAUGCUGCAGCUGGACACUCUGGUUGAUAACUUGUCUAUUGACCCUCACACUGGAGACAUCUGGGCAGGAUGUCAUCCCAAUGGGAUGAAGCUGUUCUACUAUGAUCCUGAAAAUCUUCCUGCAUCUGAGGUCCUGCGCAUCCAGAACAUCCUCUCGGAGGAGCCUGUGGUGACACGUGUCUACUCUGACAAUGGCUCUGUGCUGCAGGGAAGCUCAGUGGCAUCCGUCUACGAGGGAAAACUGCUCAUUGGCACAGUCUUCCACAGAGCUCUCUACUGUGAUCUAUAGCUCGUCACGGGCAAGACCUGCUGCUGUGGAAAGGAUUUAAUUCCUUGGGAACUCACUUAGUUUCUGCUAGAUCUGCUAACAAGACUGUUCCAAUAAAGGUUAACUACAGUAAUGGAAAUGUAUUUUAGCCUUCCUCUCCAAAGUGAGACUUCUACACAAUAGUAAAGGACAUGGAAUUGAAGGUGAGAAAUUAGUUUAUCUGUGUAAUGGGGAGGAUCCCAUGUUGUUAACACAGGGUAACCUUGAAGUUCAGUUUCAAAUUGUAAAUGACUAAACUGUCAGACACUGAACUAUGUGCUGGCUGGAUGUUUGUUGUUUGGUUGUUUUUUUCCCCCAUGAGAAAACUGAUUUUGUAAAUGAGAAUUGCUGACUACAAGUGUGGUGUGCAUUCUUGUCACUGACCCUUGGGCCUUUCCAGGGACUGUGCUAGGCAUUUUUCUUCAAAACCUUCCUGUUAGCUUUCCCUAAUCCUUCCAAAAUAAGCAGAAGGAGAAUAAAUGUCAUUUCAGUCU